UCAAACGCGAGCAUGCUUUUCCGCACUGUUUUCAUUCUCGCGCCGAUGUUCGGAUCAUUUUGUGGAAUUUAAACGGAAUUUGCUUCAGUAAAUUGGAAUUUGGAUCAUUUAAAACACUAAAAUUGUGCAAACCAAAUCCGGCACCAUGGACGACUACCUCGGUUCCGUGGCCCUGCCGAGCAUGAAGCAGCGCCAGAAAAAGUUGUGCCAGGUGAAGAUGAAAGCACGUGCGAACCCUGUUUACAAUGAUUCCACCAACUUUGGCGUGCGGAUGCUCGAAAAGCUGGGCUGGUCCGAGGGCAAGGGGCUGGGCAAGCGCGAGGACGGCAUGUCGGCGCCGAUUCUGCCCAAGCUGAAGCAGGACAGCGAGGGGUUCGGGUACGCCGGCGAAAAGGACGACCACUGGACGCAGCACGAUCAGGACUUUAACCAGCUGCUCAAGUCGUUGAAUGGCGGAGAGGAUGACGACGCGCAAGUGGGGGAGGAUGAGGUGGACCUGGCGAAGAUGAAGUCGCUGGAGGAAAAGUCGAAAAAUUCGCGCGCCCGGGUACAUUAUAAGAAGUUUACCCGGGGGAAGGAUCUGAGCCGGGCUAGCGAGAAGGACUUGGCGAACAUAUUCGGGAAGAAGUCGCUGGAGGAGGUCAAGAGUCAGAUUGUGGGCGGUGAGGUGGCGGAUGAGGUGGAGGUGGAGGAGGAAGCUGAACCCUCGGAGGAGAGGAACAUUUUGGGGUUGACGACGAUUAAGGCCGCCGUGUCGGUGCAGGACUACUUCAAGAUGAAGAUGCAGGAGAAGAUGGGGGUGAAGGUUGCGGCUGCCGUGGAAGAGCCGGAAAGGAAAAAGUCCAAAAAGUCGAAACGAAAGCAUGAAGAGGAAGUGCAACCGGAACCGGAACCAGAGCCUGAAGUUUUUCAAGAAGUCGAAGAGAUUCCCAAAAAGAAGAAGAAGCGUUCAAAGAAUGAAGAACCGGAAGUAGAGGUCGCACAGGAAGUUGAAAAAACUCCCAAAAAAAAGUCCAAAAAGGAAAAACAAAGGCAAAUUGAGGAGGAAGCUCAAGAAACUGUAGAAGAGCAGACCAGUUUAGAACAGUUGGAGGAACCUGUUGAGCGAAAGUCGAAGAAAAGUAAACGAAAGCCAUCCGACGACAGUGAGGAAGUUGUUGGCGAAGUCGUCGAAGAAGCAGCGACUUUAGAGCAAGUCGACGAGGCGCCAAAAAAGAAGUCGAAAAAGAAAAAGCGAAAACAGUCCCAGGAAGAUGAUCAGGACUGCCAACCCGUUGAGGAGGAAACCGCUCAGAUUCCCGACGAGGCCCCCACGGAAGGCAAAAAGAAAAAGAAGAAGAAACAGGACGAGCACGACGGUGACGACGACGACGACGAAGUGACGUGCCGCGUGAAGGUCAGUGUUUUAAAGCAACUGGACGAGCACUGCUUCGCCGGGUCUAACUUUGCGGAUAUUGUAGGCUACGGGCUAACGCAGGACGUGAAGCUGGUGCGGCGCGAGGGAAAGACGAAGCAAACGCUGGAGAAGCACCAGUUUGUACGGCAGAAGCAGACGUCGGCCCACCGGAAGCGGCAGAUGCUGAAGAAGGUGAGUGCGUUCAAAGGAAUUUGAACCGGUUGUGUGUCUUUGAGUUUAUUUUUUUUUUGUAAAAUUGCAAAUAAGAAGAAAAAAACAAGUUGAAUAAAUUAGGUAGCAAUAGUUUAA